GUGACGUUCCAACGCUGUUCCAACACAAGUGUAAUUGCUUGGUAGCUGUUUGGCAUUUGUGAACUCUGGUCACAUGAAGUGAAAGUAACAGGUGAGAGUUGACACGAAGCCGCUGUGAGCAGAACUCAAGUGUUCCAUCUGUUAUUGGACUGGCUAUAUCUUAAGACUGCCUGCAUCCAGGAAUGCUCCCCUCCUCGUGCGACACCUUUGUGGCUCUCCCUCCUUCAACAGCAGGGCAGCGUGUCAUUUUCGGGAAGAACUCCGACAGGCCCUGCGAUGAAGUCCAAGAGGUGGUGUACUUCCCCGCUGCAGACCAUCAGGAGGGGGAGAAAGUGGAGUGCACAUACAUCAAGAUAGAGCAGGCCAGCCACACCUACGCCGUGGUGCUCAGCCGCCCGGCCUGGCUAUGGGGAGCUGAAAUGGGGGCCAAUGAGCACCAGGUGUGCAUCGGGAACGAAGCCGUGUGGGGCAGACAGGAAGUUGACGACCAGGAGGCUCUGCUGGGUAUGGACCUGGUCAGACUUGGGCUGGAGAGGGCGGAUACUGCCCAGAAGGCCGUGGAUGUGAUUGUGGAGCUGCUGGAGAGAUAUGGGCAGGGAGGGAACUGCAUGGAGGACCAGAGCGGCUUCACCUACCACAACAGCUUCCUGAUCUCAGACCGGACCGAGGCCUGGGUGCUAGAGACCUCUGGGAAAUACUGGGCAGCAGAGAGAGUGGAAGAGGGAUACCGUAAUAUCUCCAACCAGUACUCAAUAACCACCAAGAUAGACCGGGAACAUCCGGAGAUGAGAGAGUAUGCCAGGAGUCAAGGCUGGUGGGACGGGAAGGCCGAGUUUAACUUCGCCGGGGUUUACUCCUACACGAACACUGCCAGGAUUGAAGCCUCGGGCAGCCGAUACUGUGAGGGCCGCAAACUGCUGAAGAAAAGCGAAGGACACAUCACAGCUGAGACGAUGAUGGAGAUCCUUAGGGACAAGGAGAGUGGCAUCAACAUGGAGGGGAUGUUCAUGACGACAGGGAGCAUGGUGUCUGCCAUACCCCGAGACCCCGGCCUGCCGGGGGUGCACUACUUCACCGCAACCCCAGACCCCGAGAGGUCCGUUUUCAAGCCUUUCAUCUUCGUGAUGGACAUCAAACAGCUGAAGAUGACCUGCUCUCCCAGCUUCGGAGCAGAUGACCCCGUGAAGAAGACACCCCGCUUCAAGAGCAAGCCGGACCGCAAGCACCCGCUGUUCCUGAAACACGAGGUGGUCGCUGCCAUCAUCGACAGCAUGAAGGAGAGGGGUAACAAGGUAAUGCAGAACAUGAGAGAGCUGGAGAAGAAGAAGAUGGCCGAAAUGGAGGAAUAUCUCAACAACGGCAUAGCAGACCCUACUAUGGUUGUACAUCUCUUUUCAAACACCACCAAGGAUGAGCUAGAGAUGUACAAACAAUUCUGAGCAUGUAACAGGUAGGGUAGUACAGUACAACUUCAGAGGUAUUUCUCCUGCCUGGUUUAAUGCCUCUCUGUAAAGCACUAUUUCUUAGUUGGUUGUUUGAAAUGUAUGCAUACGGUUUUGUAUGAUCAGAGCACUGUCUUCCAGAGCAGCACAUGGUUCCUUUCAUGUAGUUUAACAGUUUAAUUUUACAGAAGCGCUUUAAAUAUUAACUUACCAGUAGGAGAUCUGAAGUCUGGAUUACAUUUCAAGUCAAAAGGAUGCAGGUCAAAAAUGAAACCCUUUCUGGUUUAUGUUUUAAUGGUUACACAUUGAAUUUAAAUCAUUUAAUCAGGAGCAGUCUGAGAAGCUGAUCUCAGUGUGGCUGCAUCGUGAAAGGAUUGUAUUGUACUUUCUUGCAAUCAGUCUCAAAAAUUAAAAUAUCUUGUAAAGACACGGAGACAGACAGUGGUUCCCAUUUUGUUUUUAUUGCAUAUUAUGGCAUUGUUUAACAUUAAAGUGCAUACCUUUACAUGAGGAGAGAAUAACAUGGUGUCAGUGCAAUAAAUACUGUUAAGCAUCAUAAGCCAAAACUUGGUUAAGCUUUAAAGCCAAUGUAAAUGAUCCUUUUUUGUUGCACCCUUUCUACUGUUUGAACCUUUUCUUCCCAAAUUAGACCUUAAGGCUUUGUCUCAGGCUGUACAUUUCUAUAGGGGUUUGCAGCAAGUCAGUUUACUAAGCCACAGUAUACCCACCUUUACAUUAUCCUGAUAAGCAAUGUGGGUUCAAUGACCUAAAAAUAAGCUAAACACUCAACAAAUUGAGACUGCCUCAAGAGUUCAGCUUGUACGAUUCUUUGUGAAACGCCUGUCAAACAACCAAAAUGUAGACUUGACCAGCCACAGGCUGCAAAACAGAAAUGAGCCAGUGAGUUUUGUUUUCAAGUCACCGCAGGAGAGUAGUCAUUUCAGUAGUGAGUUGAGACAACGGCCUCAGAAAGAUGCUAAAUGCUGCAAAUUUAUUAUCCUUUUAGCUUCUGCAGAAAACUGACCACAGACAGAAAGUCGUUUGUUGGUGUGCGUCAGGGAUGCUAAGAAAUAUAUGAUACAUACAUAAAUGACGGGUGAACAGCCUAAAGUCUGAGCACACUCUUUUCUGGACCCUGUGCACUCUGGAUUUCCAACGGUAUUCAGAACAUCACCAGCAAAAAAAAAAAGCUCAUAUGCUUUGUACUUCAGUCAUGUCAUGAUGCACCUUUUAGGUAAACACUCACACCUUGAAUGGUGACCCAUAUGGCUUACGGAGUAUGUUUUCCUUUGAAUGUCAAAUAAAAUUUCUUUGAAUUCCAUUUUGAAAUAAACACAACC